CGGAGGUGAGUGACUGUGGCCAGCAAAGCCCAGGAGAAGCCUAUUCGACUUCACAUCUACUCAGGAUUCCUCGGAGAAGAGAUGAAGUGAGCAAUAAGCCAAAGUAGGAGUUAUAAAGCAGAUGUGAUAGCUUCAGCAGAACUCCUCUUUGCUGCCACAUCCGCUCGUUAAAACGCAACUGACGUUGUCUUGAGAACAAUUGGAGGCAAAAAUGCACUUUGAGCAUCUCUGCAGUUCCUGUGUCUGAUGCAGGAAUCCAGAAAAUCGGCCAUACAGACCGCAAACGAAGGAGGGGAGCAAAGAUGGUGAAGGCAGCUAAGGAAAUCCAAAUGGAGAACCCAAGAGAGGCAGAGGCUCCCAGCACAGGGGCGACUUGCUCCCCACCAGAGGAGCAGACAGAAAAACCUUCCAUGCUCUGCUUUAAGAAGCGGAAGAAGCACUGUAAGAAGGGGCUGACAGUGAAGGAUGCGUGUGAAGGAGCCUCGGAGGAGAAAAGCCAAGGUGUCAGCACUGACCACGGGGAGGCAAAAGCUUCUAACCAGCCACAAUCCUCCAAAGGAGCCUGGGCAGCCAUCAGAAACCUCACGAGGCCUCGGAGAAGGCAGAAAUCCUCCUCGCGGAAGAAGGCGUCUUCCGAUUGCCAAGUGCAGCUGGAGGUGGAUACUGAGGAGGGCUGUGCCCAAGGCCUGCCAAAGAAACGGCCGAGCUCUGGGGUGAAGAUGCCCUGUGUACGGUUCUCGAGAGGCAAGAAAAAACCCAGCCCCUCCGAAGCAGUGGAGGAGUCGGAGGGCAGCGUUCAAGCAAACGAGGUGAUGGGUGUUUUGAGUAAAGCUACUGAAGAGCUGGAGGAUUUGGCCCCGACGGACAAGUCCGAAUCCUUCAGCCCCGUGGCUGUGGAGGAUGACCAGGGUACAGCAAAGGAAAGUGACGGCUCUGUUGGGAAGAGUGAGCCCUUGACAGAGCCCACACCUGCUGCAGAGGAACAUCCAGAGAGCACCACUCAGCCAGAGAUAACCGAUUCCGAGGAGGUUAAUGAAACAGCCCAGGAGAAGCUGCAGGAGGGGAGCCUGCCCCAAACCCCAGUCCAUGAGGAAAGCAGGGAAGUUGCUCCCGAAACACCCCUUCCCGAGGAUCAACCCGACAGCACCCCUGAAACCACUGAGCUGCAGGAAAUCCCUAAUACCUGCCGAGAGCUGCCCGAAGGCGAUAAGUCACAAAAGAGCGUAAAUCCUCCCGAGGAGCACAAAGCCGAAGAGACUGUGAUGGACUUCGUUCAGGUUAAAGGCGAUGCAGUGAGCGUGCAGGGCUGCUCCAGCCAUCAGGUGACAUUAGAAGCGAACGCAAGCGUCGGCAUCGUCAUCACUGUCACCGAGGCCGAGGACUCUGACAACACCGACUCUGACCAGGCCUACGAGCCGUCCCCGGUUUUGCACCGGAGUAAGCAGAAAGGGAACAAAAAAUCAAGCGGGAGCUUUGACGUUGGUAAAAAAGAAGGCCCCGAGGCUGGUGGCGGACCCCAGGCAGAGGAGAAAGGCCUGGGUGACCAGGGGCACAGGACUGGAGAGCAGUACGAAUUGCUCCUCAUAGAAACCGCCUCUUCCCUCGUGAAGGCGGCCAUUCAGUCGUCCAUAGAGCAGCUGGUCAACGAAAUGGCCCUGGAACAGAAUAAACACAACAGUUUUCUGUGA